ACAGAUCAGGAGGUCGGCAUAGGCGGGCACGAGCGCUUUGCCCUCGAGCUUGAAUUCGUUCAAUGUCUCGCGAACCCCCUUUACAUCAAUUGGCUUGCAACGAAGCAGUACUUCGAAAAUCCUUCCUUCAUCAACUACCUCAAGUAUCUGCAGUAUUGGAAGCAACCCGCAUAUGCUAUCCAUAUCACGUAA